AUGUCCGCAAUCGACUCUUCUUCUGUCAGCCCGGUGAGCUCGCCGCCGGAGUUCCGCAUCCACGACAGAAGAGGCUCGCUUCUGGACGUCGGAGGCGAGAACUCGAUCAACAAUUUCGCCUUCGCCGUUCGACGCUCAGUCAACUAUCUCUCGUCGUCGGUAGGCUCCCGAACGACGCUCGAUUCCGAGUUGGCAGUGCCCAGCAGCCCGCGAGUGACGCCCCAAGUGCCACCCGAUGAGCACACGCCGCUGUUGGAGCCGCCUAAGGAUGCCGUUUCUGAGAUCGUUAUCUCGCUCAAGAGCACUCCCGUGCAAACGGUUUUCAACUCCAUCAACGUUUUGAUCGGGCUGGGCAUUUUGUCCAUCCCGUUGGCAUUCCGGCUCGCCGGCUGGAUCAUGGGCACAGCGAUAUUGACACUUGCGGCGCUCUCAACACGAUAUACGGCCGUGCUGCUGGGCCGGAUCCAGGCGCGCAACCAAUCGUUAAGAACGUACCACGACAUCGCGCAGCAGGCGUUUGGCGCGCGCGCCAGUGUGCUGGUGUUUGUUGUGUUUGCAUUGGACCUCUACGGCGCCAGCGUGACGAUGGUGAUCCUGUUUGCCGACUCGUUCAACGCCAUUUUCCAGGGCCUCUCCCCGGCGUUUUUUAAAACCGUGGUGUGCACGGCGAUGGUUCUGUUGAACGCGCUGCCGCUGCGCAUCUUGUCGUUUUUGAGUUUUGCCGGCAUCGUGUGCACCACGGCGACUUUCUUCAUGGUGCUGGUGUCUGGACUGAUCCACCGCACGCAGCCUGGCUCGCUGCUCCACCCUGCACCGACAAACUUGUGGCCGGUGUCCCUGCCGGACCUGUGUUUCAGUCUGGGCCUCUUCCUUGCACCCUGGGGCGGCCACGCCGCGUUCCCAGAGGUGUACACCGACCAGAAACGGCCCGAGAAAUACACCGCUUGCAUGUCGAUAGCAUUCUUGUUCAGCUACUCGAUGGACUUGGCCACAGGCGUCGUUGGGUUCCUCAUGUUUGGGCAAAUUGUGCAAGACGAGGUGACAAAAAAUAUCUUGCUCAAUAAAGCGUACCCGGCGUGGAUUCCGACGACGAUCGUCGUUCUGAUGGGAAUUUUGCCGCUCUCGAAGCUGCCGCUCGUGUGCCGGCCCAUUCUGUCAGCGCUGGAGCGCCGGCUGCCCCCGCUGGCUUCAAGACUAGCUGUGAGCUGCGUGCUACUCGUGUCGUCGCUGCUAAUUACGAAUUUCGGCAAAAUCAUGUCGCUGCUCGGCUCCGCCAUCUGCUUCACCGUCUGCAUCACGCUGCCCCUGCUAUUCUACCUGCGGCUCCACCGCAGUGAGCUCACCCCGCUCGCACAGUUCCUGCUCGCCCUCAUGGCCCUGGUUAGCGCGCUGCUCACCGUCGCCGGGUCGAUCGCCGCGCUUCUGGUGUGA